AUGGGUGACCUGCGGCUACUCUUGCUCUUGCCUCUGUCCCUGGUAGCCUUCCAUGGAGUCAAAGGCUGUUUGGAGUGUGACCCCAAAUUCAUAGAGGAUGUUAGUUCCUUGCUGUCAAAGCUGAUACCUCCAGAAGUCCCUGGCCGAACUCACCUGCUUGAACGGCAGAGUAAGGAGAUGAUCCAUUUAAGCUUCAAGGUCUCCCACAGUGACAAGAUGCUUCGGGUGUUGGCUGUCCAAAAGGUUGUCAAGUUGAGAACAUGGCUGAAGAAUGAAUUUUAUAAACUGAGCAAUGAAACAUGGAAAGGUGUCUUUAUCCUUCAAGGCAAGCUUCUCGAGGUCCGCCAAAUUCUGGAAUCCAAACUCAAGGAAUUAUUAAAGAACUUCUCUGAAGUUGCUUGUUCUGAAGACUGCAUUGUGGUUGAAGGUCCCAUCCUUGAUUGUUGGACCUGUCUCCGCGUGACAACCAGGUGCUUCAAGGGAGAAUAUUGUGGAGAUGAAGAUCCAAGGAAGGCUGAGAAUCGAAAGAUUGCACUAUUUCUGAUAUUACUGGCAACAGCUACAAUACUGGGAAGUGCUUUGUUACUAUUCCAUAUGUGUGUCACUCAUCGGAGGAAAAUGAAGGCAAUACGAAGGUCACUAAAGGAAUAUUUGAAGAAUAAACUUGACGAAUUAUUGGGGAUGACAGAGCAGAAGGAGGAGAGAGAUUUUAGACCCAGAAAAUAA